AUGUCAUGGCAAAUGAUUAAUUUACGUCGUCCACUUGAAUUUCGUUAUUAUUCACGCGAAAAGAAUUGCUCAGGAUAUUAUUCAUCUGUCGCAAAAUCUGCGAUUGUUCAGCCGUUCAAUUAUAAUGCACCAGAACAAAUUCAUUUGGCUUAUGGUGAUAGAAUCGAUCAAGUGUUUGUUUCAUAUGUAACGAAUUCAUCCGAGUACAUACCUGAAUGUCAAUAUGGUUUGAAUGCAUCAUCGCUUCAGUGGCAUGCUCAAGGAACGACAAUCACUUAUAAGGCAUCGGAUAUGUGCGAAGGUAAAGCAAAUAUUCCUGGUCCACAAACAUUUAUUGAUCCUGGCUAUAUGCAUACUAUUAUUCUUGAAAAUAUUCGUCCAUCAACUACCUAUUUUUAUCGAGUAGGAAAUGAUCAACAUGGUUGGUCGUCAGUACUUUCAUUUACCAAUCGUCCAGCCAAUGAUGCUAACGCAAAAGUGACCAUUGUUGCCUAUGGCGAUAUGGGUGCAGCACCCGUUCAUCCUGGUGCUAAAUCAACAAUGGAUCGAAUUAGAGCACAAUUGAUGGUUAAUAAUAUCACAUGUGUUUUACAUAUGGGUGAUAUUAGUUAUGCAUGA